AUGGCCCCAAUAAAACAAUCCCCAUCUUCAUAUGGAAGGAAUCCGCUUUUGAAGAAAAAACGUUUUCGCCUUGACGGUCGGAAGAAAAUGUCAUCGUAUGGGGCGAUUGGUGCUGAAAAUGAUGACAUAGACACAUUGUUAUCGGGUGAUCGUCCGGGAAUUCGACGUGUUGCAUCUUCGUCCCGAAUACUAACCACAAGUGCAAGUGAACCUGCUCGUACUCGAGCGGACAGUCGAGGCGAGAGAAGACCAUAUCUUUACACGGGUGGAUUGGGGUUAUCUCGAGAUGGAAGUACUCAAUCAUUGACAACGGAAGAUGAACAUCGAGAUCAUGCUAUGGCUAUUAGAUAUCGUUUAUUCAAUAGACUUGACCCUGGUGGUCAUACAUUGAGAAUGCCUGACCAUGUUGUGCCUCCAGAUCUCUUCUCUGUUCUUCCUUUUGAUGAUUUCAAAGAUAAUUCUGGAAAACAGAACAGUCUAGUCACAAUUUUUUCUAUUUGGAACACAAUGAUGGGAACAUCUUUGCUAGCCAUGCCAUGGGCAAUGCAACAAGCCGGUCUUGCUUUGGGAAUCUUUUUGAUGAUUUCAAUAGCUGGCUUAUCACUGUAUACAGCAUAUCGAGUUGUCCAAAGUCCGAAACAUUUACCGUUAGGGGUUGACUCUACAAUGGCCGAAUUCAGUGAUGUUUGCAAAUAUCUUUUUGGAAAACCCGGUGAAAUCAUCUCGGUGUCAUUUUCAAUCGCUGUUCUACUUGGUGGUGUCAUGGUUUAUUGGGUACUUAUGAGUAAUUUCCUCUAUUAUACAGGAAAUGUUGUAUAUGAAGCUCUACAGCCAAACAGCACUACAAUUCCAAUCAUGGAAAAUAAGACCUUCACUUGUGACGUAUAUUGCCCUGAGAAUUUUAACGAGAAAUUAUGGCCAGAAGAGUACAAUUCAUUACUGGAAGAAACAAGCGGAGCUUGGAGUUUUGAUAAAUUUUGGAAGUUACAGGGAACUGUGCCGAUCUAUCUCGCCUUUCUCACCUUUCCAUUGAUGAACUUCAAGUCACCCACGUUUUUCACAAAGUUCAACGUUUUGGGAACCAUUUCUGUGCUUUACCUGCUUAUUUUCACGGCAUCAAAGCUAUUUGAAUGUGGCAUCAACAUGGAUUUUAAGAAUCCUACAUCUGAGCAUUAUGUCAAGUUAUUCAGUUGGAAAUUUCCGGCUCUGACGGGAACUCUCACUCUUUCUUAUUUCAUUCACAAUGCUGUGCUAACAAUCCUGAGAAAUCAAAAGAAUCCGGAAAAUAAUGCAAGAGAUUUAUCGAUCGGAUAUUUAUUGGCUUGUUUCUGUUAUGUCUUCAUUGGUUUUACUUUCUUUGCCGCAUUCCCAGUUCAACGAAGUUGCAUUUCGGACAAUUUCUUGAACAAUUUCGGGAGUGGAGACGUACUCAGUUCAACUGCCCGCCUUUUUCUUUUAUUCCAGAUGAUUACCGUUCUGCCACUUUUGAUGUACUUGAUUAGGUCCCAAAUCUUCUAUUAUGUUUUUGGCAAACCGUGGCCAGGAUUCACGGCUGUACUCGUGUUGAAUGCGUGCGUGGUGGGAAUUGCUGUAUUGGUGGCUAUCUUCUACCCACAUGUCGGAAGUAUUUUAAGAUAUGUGGGUUCUCUAUCAGGAUUGGUGUAUGUCUUCGCUCUUCCAUGUAUGCGCCAACUAUUUCCAUACCUUAUAAUACAACGCGGUAUUGGCUCAUACGUGGAAAGAGUGCGACUUUUCGAUCAUUGGCAACUACAUGAUGAAGCUUUAACGGGGCGAUUUCCUCGUGGUGCUUUUUUAUUGAUGGUGGACAAAAAGCCCUUGAUUAAAAAAAUAAAUAACGAUGUACAUUUAAUUACUCAUUCUUUUAAAGAUUUGCGAUCGAAAUUGGGAGAAUAUGGAUUGGGUGUGACGCUUGAGAAUUCUUGCCUGGUUGAUGUUAUUGAUUCAUCACAAAGCCAUCAAACUGAUGAAGGAUAUCCAAUGGCACUUUUUGGGACAUCGUUUGAAACAAUAACGCCACCAGAAGAUUCUCCAAUUUCACAUGAUGAUAUUCGUAAUAAAUUAGCGAAAUCACUUGGUGGGAGAUUUAUUGAUCUACGAAUGGCGAUGCUUACUCUUUUGCACGAAAAAGAAAGAAACUGGUUGGCUCGGAUGCAAUCACUUUCGAGAUUUGCUCGAACGUACCGUCAAUGUUCAAAAUGCGCGACAGUCUUGCGGAUACGAACCAGUAAGUCUGGAGCCGAAUGCAUACCUUGUAAAAAAGUAUACUAUCCAACGUAUUCUCCAGUAACCAUCUGUUUAAUAUCCGAUCCAACAAAUGAACAUGCCCUUCUAGUACGGCAUCGUGGAUCAGCAAAUGGCAUUUAUACUUGUGUGGCUGGCUUUGCAACAGCAGGUGAACCACUGAAUGAGACUUGUCGUCGAGAAAUUGCCGAAGAGGUUGGAAUCGAAACAAUGGAAAUUUCUCAAUUGGGAUUAUCUCAACCUUGGCCAAUGCCAGACAGCAGUCUGAUGAUUGGAUUCAAAGCAAUGGCUGAUCGAUCUCAAAAAAUUAAAAUAGCACCCGAUGAGCUUGAAAAUGCUCAAUGGUUUACAAGAGACCAAGUAGCUGAAGCCUUAAAGCGGACGGAAAAAGAUCCAUUCUUAAAAGGAAUAAGCAAAAGUCCCGAUGAUCGACAAACUCUUCGUUACAUUCCACCACAUGGAGCGAUUGCUUAUUCAUUGAUUCAAAAAUGGGUGCUAAAAGAAAUA